UAGAGUUUUGUAUGUGUGUGCACAAGACUCACUCUCCAACUGGCCGAUAACCCUAGUUCUGCCCUUGUUUUAACUGGAGUUGUGGCCUUGUGGUAGUACGCACUUGCACUGUCGAGCCGAAGCACCAGAUAUCCCGUGCUUGUCCAGCAUAGACACCUGAUUCCUCCUCCCCGGUCAAGUGGCGUGAAAACGUGCGCCACACGCAUGCGCGCUGCAGAGCCGCCCGCCCUCCUGUGAGGCCUUGGGUUUUAGCCAAUCCUCGACCGAGGGGUGCGCGCAAGCUCAGCUCUAGAAAAUGGCGGGGAAGAUGGAGCCUUUGAGCGUGGAGUCGCCGGACACUGUGGAGGAGACUGGAGGGCAGGACAAGUCUUUGAAGAAGACUGAAGAUUUGCUGGCAAUGGUGAAAAAGCUACAGAAAGAAGGAAGCCUGGAGCCACAGAUUGAGGAGCUGAUUAACCGGAUUAAUGAGCUUCAGCAAGGCCCAGCAAAGGAGGAAUCCGUGAAUGAAGAAAAAGUGCACCUGGAGGAGGUCUUGAGAAAAAAGCAAGAGGCACUGAGGAUCCUCCAGCUGUACUGCCAAAAGAAGGAAAGUGAGGAUCACAAGAAGCACAUGUUGCAGGAGUGCGUGGAGCAAAUUUCUGUCCAUAACUCUCAGAUCGCAGAGAAUUGCAAGCAGAGGAAGCUGGGGUUGGAUGUUGAAGAACAACUGGAGGAUCUGAUGGGCCAGCACAAGAACCUCUGGGAAUUCCACAUGCUGGGGCGGAGACUGGCCCGGGAGAUCCGCACGCUGGAGAUGAGCAAGGAGCAGCUGCUCAGUGAUA